UGCAAAUUGAUUUGCAACAAGAAACCCUCCUCUGUCUUUAGCUGGUUGGCUCUUUGAACACAAUGGAAAAACAAGAACAGAGGCAUGAAAUUAUUACACUGAAUAGCGUCAGUGCCUAAGUAAUGCACAGAUUCAUCGAAGUUUGAAGGUUUUUGUACUGCAAUUAGGGUUUUGUUAGAUGUCGGGAAUUAGUAGUAAAAAUGUGAUUUUUUUUUCUGGGAAGGGAAUAGAAAAAGAUGAAGACGAGUGUCGUGUGGGUUCUGUUCUGUCUUGGCUUUGUCUCUCCCCCCACCUCUCACAUUCUCUUUCUCCACCAAAUUGCCUUUUAUUUCCUUUUUCCUUUUUGCUUUUUUUUUUUUUCUUUUUUGAUUUUUUUUUUCAUGUCUGCAAUUGUCUACGUCUGUUCCUUCUGCUCCCUCUUCUCAGUACCUGCAAAUGGAGGAAGAAGAAUCAUACUUUGAAACCCUUCUCACUGUUUGAUGCCCACGCUUCUCUCUCUCUCUCUCUCACUCUCAGUUAUGAUUCCAACCAUACCCAUCUUUCCUAGUUAUAGAAACUUUUUAAAUUAGCUCCUUGCGUGGAUUCUUGUCUUUAAUUUUGCUUCGAAAAGGAAAGGGCUUGUCACUUCAAAGUCUACGAAUUUCGCUAUUUCCUUUGAUGGGUCUUUAUUGUUUUGUUGUCAUUUGAUCAGAGCGACCUAGUUUUUGCUCAAAGGAGUGAACUUUUUUUUUUCGGAAGGUUUCAUGGAAUUUGACUUGAACCAUGAAGCUGCGUCCGUAGGGGAGAAGAGCGAUGAUGGAGGAGGGCUUGUCAAGGGUAGUUCCGGUAAUUCACCGUCUUCUUCUUCCUCUUGUUCUUCUGGGCUAUCAUCUUCUUCUUCAGCUUCUGCAUCUUCCAUAUACUCUGAGCUUUGGCAUGCCUGCGCUGGUCCUCUCACUUCACUGCCCAAGAAGGGCAAUGUGGUCGUGUACUUGCCACAAGGUCACUUGGAGCAAGGUGCUAUGGUUUCAUCUUCAGCACCUUUAUCUCCCAUGGAUAUUCCCAAAUUUGAUCUUCAGCCCCAAAUCUUCUGCAGGGUUGUGAAUAUCCGAUUACUUGCAAACAAGGAGACUGAUGAGGUCUAUACACAGCUUACCCUGCUUCCUCAGCAAGAGCUAGCUGUUCUAAAUUUGGAGGGGAAAGAGCUCCUGGAGCUGGGAGGGGAUGGAGAAAGGAAUGGAAGUUUGUCUACAAAACAGACACCUCAUAUGUUCUGUAAAACCUUAACGGCUUCUGACACGAGCACCCAUGGAGGGUUUUCGGUUCCUAGAAGAGCUGCUGAAGAUUGUUUCCCUCCUCUUGACUACGAUAAGCAGAGGCCAUCUCAAGAGCUUGUUGCAAAGGACCUCCAUGGAGUAGAGUGGAGGUUUCGGCAUAUUUAUAGAGGUCAACCAAGGAGACAUCUGCUCACCACAGGUUGGAGCAUAUUUGUCAGCCAAAAGAAUCUCGUCUCUGGUGAUGCAGUUCUCUUUUUGAGAGGGGAAAAUGGGGAGCUGAGACUAGGAAUCAGAAGAGCUGCUCGGCCAAGGCAUGGACUUCCUAGUUCUGUUAUUGAGCAGAACUCAUUCUCGAACAUUCUCUCUCUCGUGGCUAAUGCAGUGUCUGCUAAAAGCAUGUUUCAUGUAUUCUACAGCCCACGUGCCACCCAUGCGGAGUUCAUAAUUCCCUAUGAGAAGUAUAUGGCAUGCAUCGGGAAUCCUGUGUCCAUAGGCACGAGAUUCAGAAUGCGGUAUGAAAUGGAUGACUGUCCUGAAAAAAGAUGCACUGGUGUAGUGACUGGAAUCAGCGACCUAGACCCGUAUAGGUGGCCAAACUCAAAAUGGCGGUGCUUACUGGUACGGUGGGAUGAGUCUUUCAUGGGAGAUCACCAAGAAAGAAUUUCCCCUUGGGAGAUGGAUCCUUCGGUGUCUCUCCCACCCUGGACCAUUCAGCCAUCUCCAAGGCCAAAAAGGUCUCGGAUAGGUCUAUUGAACACUCCACCCGGAAAUCCCAUAAUGGAAAGGGGUGCAUUUUUGGACUUUGAGGAGUUGGUCAGACCCUCUAAGGUCUUGCAAGGUCAAGAAAAUAUAGGUUUUGCAUCACACGUACAUGGAUGUGAUGUUAUGAACCGCCGAAAACUGGAUAUUACAAUGCAAUCUCACCCAAAUCCGGUUUUUGUUCCUUCUGGAACGAUGGCUAAAUUUGAUGAGUUUAUAGAUGCCACGACCCGUGCCUACUCAAGCGUUUUGGACCUGGAUAGGUUUCCAAGGACCUUGCAAGGUCAAGAAAUUUGCUCGUUUCGAUCUUUACCACAAACAGCUGCUUUUAAUGCAACUGCUUCUGGAGCAACCAUUCUUGGAUGCAACAAUCCCUUUUCUUUUCAAUCCAACAGAUCGAGUUUCUACCCGCUUGCGUCACAAGGGUUCAGAAGCUCUGGUAUUCCAUAUCACAACUUAUACAACAUUGGAGAAGAGCCUUCGAGACGGCAUUGUCACAUGAUGAGUUGUCCUAGGGAGACAGGUGCUGUCGUGAACAGAGUACAGAACAUGGGUACGCAAAAGGAGAGUGUCUUGCCAGAAAAAGUUCCCACUGAUUCAGGCUUGAUGACAGAUAUGACGAACGGGCAAAAGGAUGAUGAUUUUAACAGGAAAGUCCCAGCGGGAUGCAAACUUUUUGGAUUCUCCUUACCUGCUAAGACAACUGCAUCAAACCCAGAAAACUCAAGUAAAAGGAUCUGCACAAAGAAGGUUCACAAGCAAGGCAGCCUUGUGGGAAGGGCUAUCGACUUAUCCAGACUCAAUGGGUAUGAUGACCUCAUUACAGAGCUGGAACGGUUAUUCACCAUGGAAGGGCUUCUCCAUGAUCCAGACAAAGGAUGGAGGAUCUUAUACACUGACAGCGAGAACGACAUGAUGGUUGUUGGUGAUGAUCCAUGGCGUGAUUUCUGCAGAGUGGUGGCGAAGAUUCACAUAUACACAAAAGAAGAAGUGGAGAAAAUGAACCUGGGAAGCAUCAACGAGGAUAACCAGAGUUGCUUGGAAGAAGCUGCUCUCAUGGUGGAAGCAUCGAAAUCAUCUUCUGUGAGUCAACCUGAUUCCUCUCCGACCAUAACUAGGGCUUGAUGAAUGGUUUAAGAUUAGAAACCCUACAGUUUGGUCUGCAUUUGCUUCGGUCUGCUUUAGAAAAGACAUAAAGCCUCAAUCUUUAUUGGUUGUUUCUGUCUAGGUUUCAUGGGUUUGGAUUGUAAAAGAUUUGGGAUUCUCUUGAGAUGUAAUUUGAUGGAAGUUCCAAUGUAUUAAGCGUGACACUA